AUGUCCCAACUGACCAUCGGACCGGCCGCACCGACGGAGCAGACGGAGCAGACUGUUACCCCCGCCGUUGCGUCCACGGCGGCAUUUAUGAGGGAGCGACGCGUUCGGAAUUGGGCUUACGAAGUCAGUCUGCGCCCCCCACUGGAGAACCUCAGCGGUGGUAAUGAUCUCUUUCUCGCUCCGUAUGAGACUUUUCCACCAGAGAUCCCUCACGCACAAUACGGACAGCGGGACGACAAUGGUCUUGGGACUGACGACGAUGGCAAUCGCGGCCGUCUUCCUGUUGAUAGAGAUACCGCCCGUCUGAGGGAGCUGCAUGGGGACGCGUCGGAGCUCCUCGAUGAAAUCAACGUCCCAUGUCGCAAAGGCAGCAACCAAGACCACGGAGCCCACCGCAAGGUCCACCACCACGACCGCAAGCCCUACGGGAAGAACAACAUCCGGAAGUUCUGGCGCGACUACCGCACGGCCUACCGCUACCACUACCACCAUUUGUGCAGCAGCCCGGACAGAUUCUGCAGCCACCACCGCAGCCCCAGCAGCCACUUCUGCAAGGCUGGCAGCCAGGACAACUUCUACAGCCACCGCCGCAAGGCCUACCGCAAGGCCCACUGCAAGGCCCACCGCCACAAGCUCCACCGCCAGGCCAUCAUUUACAACUGCAAAGUCUACCGCCACAAGGUCCACUGCAAGGACAUCAUCCACAACAGCAUGGCCCACCGCUACCACUGCAAGGGCAAAACCCAUUUCCGCAAGGUCCACCGCAAGGCCAUCAUCCACAACAGCAAGGCCCACCGCCACAAGGUCCACCGCAAGGACAUCAUCCACAACAGCAAGGCCUACCGCCACAAGGUCUACCGCAAGUCCAUCAUCCACAACAGCAAGGCCCACCGGUACUACUGCAAGGCCAAAACCCAGUUCUGCAAGACCUUACCUCUCCCAGAACGACAAGCGCUCGACCCUGAGGAUGUCUUGUAUUCCAUCUUUAAUUCCGGCGACGCCUCUAACGUCCAUCGUGUCUUUACCGAAUUCAUCGAGCGCAAGCUCAACCCUGGUGCAGGUAGCAUCGCUCGACACUUCCGCUUCCAGCCGGGAGACGCUCGCAAUCUCGCGAUCAUUCACCUGGGCAUCGCGGACGAACCGCAGACGAGUGAUGAAGCUUACCAGGAGCCUGAAGGCUGGUGCUACAAUCCAAGAGAAGGAACAGGCUUCAUCGAGUCGACUCGAAACGUUACUGCAGUGAUUCCUUUAAUGGCGCUUGAUCGCAACGAAGAAUUCGUAGUUGUGAGCGACUGUGGCGAUGGAGCCAAGGAGCCGGAUGUGCUCAUCCUCGACGAGCAUCGACCUUGGGUGAUUUUGAUGGCCAUUGAGAUAGUGUACAAGAACGAGUCCAUCGUCGGCAUUCUCUACUCGCUCAGCAUCUGGACCCAACAGACCACUCAGCGCCGGGCUCACGUGCCACCCUCGGCAGAACCGGGGGGAGCACGACCCCCUUGCCACGCAUUGGUUCUGCACGUUGCCGAUGCCCACGAGUUCAGGCAAGACCCAUGCUACCCUGCUUUUGCCUGGGCAGAGGCGUAUCGCUACGAGCCCGGCAAAGAACCAGUUGCGGGUGGCUUUCACGGUAACUUGGUGGUGAUGAAUGCUUCGUCCGCUUACUGUCAACUGUGGAAAGAUGCGCUUGCGUCGGAACUGUGCCCCAUCCGUCUCCUCUUCGUCGGGAACAGUCACGUCUUCCACCUGCCCAUCCCCGUGCGAGCUCCUACGAUGGACGGUGAGGAAGUCACUUACACGCAACCGCAAUGGGACUUGGCCAGCUUGACCUUCAUGUACCAUGAGGGAAUGCUCUUGGACAGCUUCGAGAAUGAUGGCGGUCUAAAUCCGACUCCACGGCGAGGCGAGGCUCGGUUGGAGGCAUAGUCCGUUCCUUGCUUUUGAGGUUUGAAACAGCAUGUAUGCCCGCCCCCUCUUUUCAUCCACUUUCAUCCAUGUCCCUGGUGCCUUGCAUCGCACAGUUACCUGGCAAGCUCUGGCUUUCAAUCCAUCUAGUUGCUGAGAUGACUGCCAUCGGCAGCCAGCCAACCGAGAAUGUCAGCAUCCUCAUCAGAAGAAGAGCAAAGAC